UGUCAGUUUCAACAAAAUGGCUGCUGGAGCGCCACAAACGAAAACCCAGACGCUUCACGUCAGAGCAGUAUCCUUUUAAAUGGAUGCAUUGGAAUUUCCCUACCUUCUGAGCAUCGGGACAUUUAACUCGCGUGGACUCGUGUACAUACAUAUUAGCGAACUAAAGGCAUGCUGAGAUAUUCCCUUUACGCACUUUAUAUACAUCCAAACGCAUACAAAAGCUCAAGCUGCCUAGUGUGCGCGCGCGCGUGUCUGUGUGGGUGUGCGCGCGCGUGUGUAGGUGCUCCUGAGAUUCGCCGAAAUGUUACAGCUGAUCAACCCUAAGCUUGCUUGCUGACGUGCAAAACUGUCGUUUAAUGUCCUUUUCACUGUUUGCACUGGUAUUUCCGAGUUUUUUCCCCCCUCUCUGGACAAAUUCCACUGCAUGUUGAGAGGUGAAUUUCUCAACUAGAAAGUGGGGCUCGCCAUUGCAGCUCACUGCAAGAGUGAGUGUCUGAUUGCGACUGAAUAGGAUCGGAUCUGUGUCAGUACGGGCAUCGACAACAUCCUCCUUCACCAUGCAGCUCAUGCAUCACAUUUGAACAGCAGACUGCAGUUGCUCCAUGUGCGAAAUAAAGCCUUGGCACAAAACACGUCACACAAGAGGAGAACCAUUUGAUGGAAGAAAAGAAAAAGAAAAAGCAAGAGGAAAAGAAAAAGAAGGAAGCUGCUCAGAAAAAGGCUGCUGAACAGAAAACCAAAGAGCUGCCCCCACAGAGUGGCCUGGCAACCCAGUAUGAGAAUAUAUCCCCCAAUCGCAGUGCCACUACAGCCUCUACCAAUAGCUGCAGCAGCUGGGAUCCACUGAUUAUUGACGAGUGCGAUACGGAGGCGUGGCCUUCCAUUUCAUGCAAAGAAAGCCACGCCCCUGCAGGAUGCCCCUUGGACACUGAAAGUAUCAGUAACAUCAGCAGCAUGAGCAUGGCCACAGGAGCUGGCCAGCAAGGCCAUUUCUCCACCAAUCACCCCAGCAAAGCCAAUGCCAGCCACUCAGGAGGUCUACUCUCUAGUCAGGGUGGGGCCAGCAGAGGCUGGGGCUCUGGCCCAUCUCCUGCCAGUGGAGGAGAAGGGAAGAAUGAAGUCUUCAGCCCAUCAGUGGGAGCCAGGGGUUGGGGCUCCUCCAACUUUAACUUGAACUUAAACCCCAACGCCAACCCCUCUGCCUGGCCAGUUCUAGGACAUGAAGGGACCGACAUAGGUGGCGGCAGCUCUGGAGGAAGCAACCCUCCUCCUCCUAAUAUCUGUAGCCCACCGGGCACUCUGCCCAGUCAGGGCCCUUGCAGCAGUGGCAGUAUAGGUGGUGCCAAUGGAAAUUCUGCAGGUAAUGGUGGCAGUGGCAAUGGCAGCACCACAUGGGGUAGCAUUGUGCCCAGUGACUCCUCAGAGCCACACUCCACCCCAUCCAUGAAUGUGUCUUUCAGCUCCGAACCGCAGAACCUUAACACUGAUGGACCAAAUCACACUAAGCAAGAGCCCAGAAGCCCUGGCCACAGCCUGCCCAACUGGGGGGUUGGCCCUGCAGGCAUGGGCUCAUUUGUUCAAAAUUCAGAAGGAGCCUCACAGGUCAAUGGGGAUGAAGAACCUGUUUGGGGUAAUGGAGAUGCCAAGUCUGGUAGUGGCUCAAAAGACGCUGGUUGGGACUCAGGGAGCAGCUGGGGACAAGGAGGGGCCUCAGGCACUUCUGGCUGGGGACAAGCUGCCUCAACUGGAGACUGGGGUAAGCAGUCCAACAGUGAGCCCAAAGGAUGGGAUUCUUCAAGCUCUCCCACCCAAGAGCAGCAGCUAAAUUCUUGGGUCCGUGGGGCCAAAGCCCCAGCCAGUGAGGGAAGCAGUGACAGCAUGGAAUGCCAUCCUCGUAGGAAGGUCUGUUCAUCAAGAGAUGAGGCUUCCCCUAUUCUGCCUGCCCAGGAUAUGGACCCUCGGGUUCUGUGUAACACAGGCUGGGGACAAACACCAGUGCGUCAGCACACUGCUUGGGAGACCAAAGAAGCUGCACGCUCCAACUGUAAGAAUGACAUUGGAACUGAAUCCUGGGGCUCAUCCUCAAAUGCAGCCAAUGUAGGACCAACACCAACAUCUGGCAGUGCCAACCCCAACUCUGGCACUACAUCCAGACCAGACUCUGGGGGCAAGAAUGAGGGCCCAUGCCCCAGUACUGGAGCUGGACCUGGAUGGGGCACAGCCAUGCCGUCACCCCAGGCUAGCUCUGGUUGGGCAGAUCCUACCAGCAACAAGAAACCUUCCAGUGGUCCUGGAAGUUGGGGCAGUACCCAAGCUGGAGGUCCAGGUGGCAACCUGCAGAAAAGUGGUCAGACUUGGGGCUCAGAGGAGAAGUCUCCUACCUGGGAAGACAGUCAUGCUAAAGCCAAACCACAGGCCUGGCCUGAGGGGCCCAACCCUUCUCGUGGAUGGAGCAAUGGACCUGGUGGAGAAAGCGGGUCUGGAGGAGAAUGGGGUGAACCUGGAGAUGGAAAAAAAAAAGGUCCCUCCAGCUCGACCUGGGAUGGAGAGGGUACUGGCUGUAAUGAGGGCUCCAGAGGAUGGGGCAAGCCUGCCCCAGGCGUAGGAGGAAACUGGGGAGAUGCACAACACCCCAGUAUGCCAUCACAAGGAUGGAAUAACAAGCCUCAGGAGGGCACCAAUGGCAAUAGUGGCAGUGGAAGCAUGGGCUCUUGGGGAGGUCCUAGCUCUGUAAAGCAGAGUGGCUCUGGAUGGGGAGGAGGAAAUGGUGGAGGUGUUAAACCUGACAAUACUGGAGAGCCCACUGGAUGGGAGGAGCCCUCUCCACACUCCAUCCGCCGUAAAAUGGAGAUUGAUGAUGGUACCUCAGCUUGGGGUGACCCAAGCAGUUACAAGAAGACAGUCAAUCUCUGGGACAGGAAUAACCCUGGGAUGCAAAGCAAACCAGGACCUGGCAAUGCCAACAAUGUACCCAACAACCAUCAUCAUCAUCAUCCCCACCAUAACCAGCCUCCCAUGCAGACCCAGAGUCAUGGAGGGUCAAAUUCAAACAAUAAUCACAUUUCUCCUGAUAAUACUGGCCCACAUCCAACAGGGCCACCUCACAAAAGAACAACCCUCAUGAAUCCAGGAUGGGGCGAGAUGACAAAUGUCCAUUCAAAACCUGAACCCUCAUGGGGAGAGCCAGCCACCCCUGCAGCAAAUCUGGACAAUGGCACUUCAGCAUGGGGUAAACACCCAGGCGGCUGGGGUGAUAAUGGCCCUGAGGUCUAUGGUCGAGGCAACGGACCUCCUGGAUCUGCCCCCUGCAAACCUGGCCCCAAAUCUAUGCAAGAUGGCUGGGGUGGUGGAGAGGACAUGGGCCUGUCUGCAGGGCAGUGGGAGCAGGAUGAGGGUGACAUGUGGAAUAGCACUGCAUCUCAAGAGAGCAACUCCUCCUGCAGCUCCUGGGGUAACCCACCCAAAAAGGGCCCACCAAAGGGAAAAGUCCCAAACAAACAGGAUGAUACUUGGAUAAUGAAUCGUCUUAUCAAGCAGCUGACUGACAUGGGCUUCCCUAGAGACCCUGCAGAAGAGGCUCUCAAGAGCAACAACAUGAACUUGGAUCAGGCCAUGAGUGCCCUGUUGGAGAAGAAGACCGAACUAGAUAAACGGGGGAUGGGAAUAUCUGACUAUAACAACGGCCUAGUCAAUAAACCAAUGGGCUGCAGGCCUUCAGUCAUCUCCAAAGAAUCCUCUUCAGAUCGUCCCCCCUUCUUGGACAAGGAUGCUGCGCUAGCAGAUGAUGCCCAAACCUCACCGUUUAUGCCUUCUCCGAGCCUGAAGCUCCCAUUGGGUAGUGCUGCACUCCCUGGCCAGAGUCUUGGAGUUGCAAUGCAAAACUUGAACAACAGACAGAUGCAGAGUGGAGUGUUUGGUAGUAGCGGAGCAGCACAAGCCCGGGCCCUGCAGCAGCAGCCUCCUCCCCAGCCGUCAGUGCCACCUCUCAACUCGUCCCAGCCUAGUCUACGUGCUCAAGUGCCUCAGUUUUUCAGCCCUCAGGUUCAAGCACAGCUUUUACAGUUUGCAGCAAAAAACAUUGGUCUCAACCCUGCACUUUUAACCUCACCAAUAAACCCUCAGCAUAUGACCCUGUUGAACCAACUUUAUCAGCUGCAACUGGCAUACCAGCGUUUACAAAUUCAGCAGCAGAUGUUGCAGGCACAGCGCAGUGUUUCUGGCCCCAUCCGACAGCAAGAGCAGCAAGUUGCACGUACAAUCAAUAACAUGCAGCAACAGAUCCAGCAGCACCAGCGGCAGCUGGCUCAGGCUCUGCUGAUGAAACAACAGCAGCAGCAGCCACCCACCUCACACCUGGGCCUGCAUCCCAGCGCAGGCAAAUCAGCUCUGGACACAUUUCCAGCCCACCCCCAGGCCUCCAGCCUCUCUGUUUCCGACCUUCAGACCAAAGAGCCGCAGUCUUCUCCAAACUCCUUUUCACCAUACCCUAUUUCUGGAUUGAACCCUAACAUGAAUGUAAACUGCAUGGAAGUGGGUGGCCUGUCCAUUAAGGACUCUCCUCAGCCUCAGUCACGCCUGUCACAGUGGACACACCCAAACUCCAUGGAGAACCUCUCUGGCAGCUCCUCUCCAAUGGAGCCCAACUUCAGCAAGCAUGGUGCCAUCUCUGCAGGCCCCAGUCUGGGUCCCCCAAGUAAGCCCACGCUGGAUGACUCCUACAGUCCCUACAAUCUGAUUCCCAGCUCCGAGUCUCCUGCCAGCGCCCUGGCACCUCAUGAUAACUGGGGUCAGGGAAAGAACACAAAUGACAAGAUCUCCAAUGGGACCAAUGUCAACUGGCCUCCAGAGUUUUGUCCAGGAGUGCCCUGGAAAGGACUGCAGAAUAUUGACCCUGAGACUGACCCCAAUGUGACCCCAGGGAGUGUUCCCAGUGGGCCCACCAUCAAUACCAACAUUCAGGAUGUGAACCGCUACCUGCUAAGAGACAGGAGUGGAGGUUCCACCCCAACUUCCUCACUGGGUGAGGCUCUGCCUCCCUCCAGCGAUUUGCCAGUCACUAGCUCUUUCAGUCUGUCCUCCCAAGAGGCAGCCAGCACAGGGAAGCUGUCUGACUUGAAGUCUACUUGGUCUCCGGGGCCCAUCUCGCACACCCAGGCUUCUCUCUCUCAUGAGCUUUGGAAAGUCCCACAAGGACCCCGGAACACAACAGCUCCCACACGGCCGCCCCCAGGCCUGACCAACACCAAGCCCUCGUCCACGUGGGGCGGAAACACCCUGGGCCUGGUGGCUGGCUGGAGCAGCUCCUACUCUUCAGUAGGUACCACAUGGAGUACAGACAGCUCCAGCAGGAGCACUAGCUGGUUGGUUCUGAGAAACCUCACACCACAGAUUGAUGGUUCAACACUGCGGACACUUUGCAUGCAACACGGGCCACUCAUCACAUUCCAUCUCAACCUGACGCAGGGCAAUGCUGUGGUGCGCUACAGUUCUAAAGAGGAGGCUGCCAAAGCCCAGAAGUCCCUACACAUGUGUGUUCUGGGAAACACCACUAUACUGGCAGAGUUUGCUGGAGAAGAGGAGGUGAACCGCUUCUUUGCACAGGGUCAGUCCCUCGCGCCCACCACCAGCUGGCAGGCCAACCCUGGCACCAAUCAAACACGGCUGGGGGGCGGAGGGACGGCGGCCAUACACCCCAUCGGCCACUGGAACAGCAGCAGUCUUGGAGGAGUGGGCGGGACGGGGUCCAGCGGUAAGGCAAGCAACGAGCUGCUGUGGGGGGGUGUACCGCAGUACUCCAGCCUGUGGGGGCCGCCCAGCACUGAGGACGGCCGAGUGGUGGGCAGCCCCACCCCAAUCAAUACGCUGCUCCCUGGAGACCUGCUGAGCGGAGAGUCCAUGUGAGAAUGCCAAGUGCUCGAACCCCCUAACUGCAGCGAAAUAUGAAACUUAACGAGCAAAAACCAAGCAAAUCAUUUGGCGAUAAUCAACGUCAGUGGAACUGUGAAAAACCAAGAGACAGGAGGCUGAGGCCACACUUGCAUAGAGGCUGCUGACCUUCUUCCUCUUCUUAUUUGUUUUGUUUUGUUUUUUUCAUGUUAUUUUGGUCAUUAGGCUUGGGUUACAGUAUUCUAUAGACUUCUUACGAAGAACCGUGACUAAAAGAGAAGUGAACCUUUACCGAGACUUUUCUCUAAUAACUGAUACCAGUGUGAAAGUGUAUUUUACUACAAACCGAUGAGACAAGCUGCCAUUUUUUUAAAUUCCUCUGGCACGAGCACAUCCUGUCAGCCCAGUCACAGCAUAUCACCCUCUCCCUGAAGAAACAUGCGUCAUUCCAAACCAACUUCCCCUACUCCCUGUCUUUUAGACUGGAUCCAUGGCUUUUUUCAGUUGUCCUUUGGAUCGUUUGGAUUAAUUAACAGCACUAAACUUUAGCCUUAACUGCUGAUCAGUCACACUCCAUUUGUACUUUGAAGAAACUCAUCUUAAGAAUUGCACAUUUUCUAAUUUCUGAGCCAGGACUGUCAUGGUUUCGAUCUCAGCCACAGCAUACUUGCAUUCGUCCUUCCUGUUUCCCUCGGUUGCCAUCUGUCCUCAUAACUCUCAAAAGGACGGACAGAUAUCUGACCCCUCUGCACAUUUGAGGCAUUUAUUCUUAAGCUGAGAGGACACGUGGACAGCUGAGGUAUAUAUUAACCACUGCUCACGAAAAAAUGUACAGGAAUCACUUUUUCAAAUGGACUACUUUAUUUUCACUCUUUCAUUUUCCUAAACGACCUCGGCCUCUCAAAAAAAAAAAACAUAUGCCCUCAGUCGUUUGUCUGAAGUGCAAUAUAUGCCACAGACUCUUCCGUCCAUCUUUACGCAGUACUUUUUUGCCGGUGAAACAGUAGGAGCUCGCCUGGGGACAGGGAGGGAUCAAAGACUUGUCUCCUGCCAUGUCCACCAAGUGUGGGACUGAACAGAAGAGGACUCUCUCUCAGUGUGUAAGCCCAUGGUGAUGAAACAUUCACAAGCACUUCCUCUACACACUCAAGGACAAGUGUGACUACAGGGGCAACAGGGGCUUCAAACCAAAUAAGAGGUGUUUCUUGUAACCCAGUAGACAAAGUGCUUUUUUUUUUGUCGUUGUUGUAUUUGGUACAAAAGUAUGGAACAAAGAAGGCGUGGUUUCUUCAUAGCACUUAGCAAGAGCGUCAAGCUCCGACUUCAAUGCCAACAAAUUACACAUGGAUUUGUGAAACUGACAAAAAGCAACCAUGAAAAGCAAUCUACCGAACUUCUCCUCCAUGCUCCUUUUUGAACUCUAAACGGAUUUUGCCGUUUCCUUUCUUCUUCGUCUUCGUCUUUCCAUGGUCUUUUGACUUUGAAGUCAGACAUUUCGAAAAUGGUAGCAAAAUGAAGGGAUGUCUGAUGAGGAAAAAAAACAACAACACCGCGCAACAAGACUGAAAAAGUCACAUGUUUUUGUUUUCUUUAAGAUGAUAUAUAUCAAAGUAAAUAUCACUGUUACAGUACUCCAAAAUCAUUAGCCUUUUUAUCUGGAGAUGCUAGACGUGUUGUAAUGUUUCUAAUAUAGAAACAAUUCUGCGGGGCCCCGCCUACCUGUAUGAUAAGUGUGGCCAUUGAGUGCCUAUCUGCUGUGGCGCCUCGGGUGCCCACACUCUGACUUUUGACCCGCUGUGCCAGGCCGGCACACCAGAUGCCGGAACGCCUGGGCCGGAGCAGUGGCUCCUUCAGACCUGGCCAAUCAGUACGUACUACUACUGCGCCAGCACUCGACCUCGUCUCAACUUCACUCUCAUAGACUCUCUUUCUCCUUCUCAUGCAAAGAUCACUUUAGCUGGAAGUGGACAGGUUCGUUUUAUGUACUUUUUAUAUGAUCGACUGGGUUUUUCCAUUCUGGAAUUGCCAGUGUUUUUUUUUUGUCAACAUUGCUGUUGUUAUCGUCGUUGCUGUUGUUGAUGUUAUAUCGUAAUUUUACGCUUUUUUGUUUUUCGAUUUGUGUGUGUCAAUGCAGUGGUCUCUAUGGUAGCUGCUCUCACCAGCCCCUCUUGCUGCGCAUAUGCAGAAACACUCUGAUUAAGAGGCACACCUCAGCGUCAAUGGUGGUGGCGAUUUGAUACUGAAUAACUUGUAGUGAGGGUUGUUUUAAGGAUGGAGCACACAUAGUGGCAAAAACGAAGAGUAAGGUCGAUGGUGCUCAGUUUGUCUUCUGCCUCUCCUCUGCACUUUCCUCCGCUCCGGUGUCGCAGCCCUGCCAGGACACACACUCACGCUGGUGCUUACGACAAAGGGCAGACAGAGUACACUACUUUACCUGGUCGCCACUUCUCACAGUAAUAAACGCAAAUGAUAACGGAGACUCGGUUCUCCACUUCUAUGCAAAGACCGACCGAGAGGUGCAGUUCAAGGCCUUCAGCUUCAAUCUGUAGUCUCUCCAAGCCCACUCUUCAGCUCACCAGUUGAUUGUGAGAAGGCAGCUUCCUUACAGUGUGGCCUAAAGUAAGAAACGGGCCCCGCUUUGUUUGAACUGAUGACCAGGCCCUCACUGUUUACUCUCUGAAUGAUCUCUUACAUUAUGUACAUGCAGUCUCAGGGCAGCCUCAGAGAACCCCAAACUGUUUUAGCGUUACAAGGAGGGCGUUAUUGCAUUCUCCAAUGUGGCUUUAAAGAUGCUAAAUGGGUGGACGAGUGGACUCGGAGAACUCUGUUUUUCUAGAUCCUAAUGUAACUAUUCUUGAUCAUAGAUUUAACCUAGACAUGAAUCUAUCAGAGUGGAACUACUUUCUUGAAAUUUGUCUUAA